AUGUGGACCCUAGUGAUCUGGGUGGCCUUGGCGGCAGGGCUGGUGGCUGGAACACAGUGCCCAGAUGGUCAGUUCUGUCCCGUGGCCUGCUGCCUGGACCCAGGAGGAGCCAGCUACAGUUGCUGCAACCCCAUUCUGGACAGUUGGCCCACUCUGACCACAACACGGAGCAGGCGCCUGGGCACAUCCUGCCAGACCGAUGCCCACUGUUCUGCUGGGUUUUCCUGCCUCCUCACUGUCUCGGGAACCUCCCGCUGCUGCCCGUUGCCAGAGGCCGUGUCUUGCGGGGAUGGACACCACUGCUGUCCCCAAGGCUUCCAUUGCAAUGCCAACGGGCAGUCUUGCUUCCGCAGAGCAGAUACCAAUCCUCUGGGUGCUAUCCAGUGCCCCAAUAGCCAGUUUGAAUGUCCCAACUCCUCUACAUGCUGCAUUAUGCCUGAUGGCUCUUGGGGUUGCUGCCCUAUGCCCCAGGCCUCUUGCUGUGAAGACAACGUACACUGUUGCCCCCAUGGUACCACCUGUGACCUGGCUCAGGGCCACUGCCUCACACCCAUGGGUACUUAUCCCCUGGCGAAGAAGACCCCUGCACAAAGGACUAAUAGAGCAGUGGGUUUUCCCACCGCUGUCAUGUGCCCAGAUGCACGGUCCCAGUGCCCUGACGGUUCUACCUGCUGCGAGCUUCCCAGUGGGAAGUAUGGCUGCUGCCCAAUGCCCAAUGCUAUAUGCUGUGCUGACCACCUGCACUGCUGCCCCCAAGACACUGUGUGUGACCUGAUCCAGAGUAAGUGCCUAUCCAAGGAGAACUCUACAGACCUCCUCACCAAGCUGCCGGCCCAAACAGUGCAAGAGGUGAAGUGUGACACGGAAGUGAGCUGCCCAGAUGGCUACACCUGCUGCCGCCUGUCUACGGGCAGCUGGGGCUGCUGCCCUUUUGCCCAGGCUGUGUGCUGUGAGGACCAUGUGCACUGCUGCCCGGCAGGCUUUAAAUGUGACACAGAGAAGGAGAUCUGUGAGCAGGGGGACCGCCACGUGCCCUGGAUGAAGAAGGCUCCAGCCUACUUCAGCCUGCCAGACCCCCAACCUAUCAGGAAUGAUGUCCCCUGUGACAACAUCACCAGCUGUCCGCCUUUCAAUACCUGCUGCCGACUCACGUCUGGGGAGUGGGGCUGCUGUCCAGCUCCAGAGGCUGUCUGCUGCUCGGACCACCAGCACUGCUGCCCUCAUGACUACACAUGCACAGGCGAGGGGCAGUGUCAGAAGGGGGAUAAAGUAGUGGUUGCACUGAAGAAGAUGCCUGCUCGCCAGGUCUCCCUGCCCCUCGCCAGAGACGCCACCUGUGACAAGCACACCAGCUGCCCGGUGGGCCAGACCUGCUGCCCAAGCCUGAGCGGGGGUUGGGCCUGCUGCCAGUUGCCCCACGCCGUGUGCUGUGAGGAUCGACAGCACUGCUGCCCAGCUGGGUACACCUGUGACGUGAAGGCCCGUACCUGUGAGAAGGUGACCCCUGCCCAGCCCACCACCCACCUGGCCAACGGCCCUCACGUGGACAUGGGGGACGUGGCAUGUGGGAAGAGCCGCUUCUGCCAUGAUAACCAGACCUGCUGCCCUGACAGCCGUGGGGGCUGGGCCUGCUGUCCCUACCGCCAGGGCGUCUGUUGUUCAGAUAAGCGGCACUGCUGUCCCGCUGGCUUCCGCUGCGGAGCCAAGGGCACCAAGUGUUUGCGCAAAAAGUUUGCGCCCUGGGACAUCCCUGUGAGGGGCCCAGCCCAGAGACAGCUGCUAUGA